AUGGGUAAUUGGAAUAGCCUAUGGAAGAUUUCGGCACCGGCUAGAGUUAAACAUCUCCUUUGGAGGAUUUGUAAGGAUUGUCUACCGACGAGAGUGCGACUCCGUCAACAUCAUGUUCCAUGCGCUCCUAAUUGUCCGUCUUGUGAUAACGGGUAUGAAGAUGAUUGGCAUGUCUUUUUUGGAUGUUUAGAGGUAAUCUCCUCCUGGCGGGCAGCAAGUUUGUAUGAUGUUAUAUUCCACCGUCUCCACUCUUUCCAAGAUGCUAAAUCUGUUAUUUUUUAUAUUUGUUGCAAGGAAGAUAGUAAUCUUGCUGGUAGAGUAGCGGUAAUGUUAGAGGGUUUGUGGAAGAAUAGAAAUGAUUGGGUCUGGAAUAAUGAGAAAGAAGAAGCUACUAAACUGGGUUGGCUAGCCUUGCACAAGUGGCAAGAUUGGUUUUCUGCUCAACAUAUUCGGCACUCCGAAGGUAAUGAGGAGAAUCUAUUACAGUGGCAGCCGCCGUCGAGUGGUUCCUUUAAGUGUAAUGUGGAUGCAGGUUUUAACCGUCAGUUAGGUACAACAAACUGCGGGUGGUGCCUUCGUGACGAUCAUGGUGAUUUUGUUAUUGCUGGAACUGCAUGGGAUGGUGGUACUUUAUCUAUUAUAGAAGCGGAGGCUUUAGCCCUCAAGGAAGCUAUUCAUGGUAUUAGUACUCUUCACUUUGGCCAUGUAUUGUUCGAAAGUGAUUUUCAGAUGGUUGUUCAAGGUUUAAGAUCAACCGCUAGUGGCCAUUCAGAGUUUAAUUGUAUUAUUUCUUCUAUUAAGUUAUUGUUACUAGAUCUUCCCCACUUUGAGGUUAAGUCUACUCCGAAGCGUCAUAUGUUGUACACCUUUUUGGUUCAGUAUCUCCUUGACUCCCAUAAUGUGCGUCAAGAUAUUUAUGACAUGCUUGAGGUUGAGGGUCGCAAAAUCUUUGAUUCAUCUGCUAUAAAAUUGAUGAAGUAUAAAGACAAUGAAGAAUAA